AUGGAGGGCGCGGACGACCAUGACGACGAAGACGAGGAGCUCUCGGCCUCCACGCUGCGGGGUCGGACGCGCCCCCCACCCCUCGCCGCGCUCUCAGCCUUCAGCUACAUCCCGCCGCGGCGCAUGGACCCCAAGGAGCACAGUUACUACUACCGGCAGGGUCAAACAGGGGUUGUUUCCCUCUAUGACUGCCUUUUUAAGAGGGCCCAGGGCUACAACCAGCUCCUGCACCGGGAUGACAGAGAACACGCCAAGAGCGUAGGGCUGCACAUUAAUGAAGAGGAGCAGGAGCGGACCGUGGCCUUGCUGACCUCGUCCAACUACGGGAAACGCAUCAACCAGGUCCUGGAGCCGCUGAACCGUGACCACGGGCGCGCCAUGCACAUCAAGACCGAUUUCUACCGCAAGAACGACAUCCCCAGCCUGCGGGAACCCGGCUUCGGUCACAUCACCCCCGCCUGAUGCUCGGCGCCAAGAGAUGCGCCUCCUGCCCCUGGACCAGACCAGAGCC